AUGUUUGGUGAGGCAACCAAGGAGCCUUUGAUUGAAAUCGAUCGGUGUGACUGUGUUGAGAUUAUUGCAUGCCACAAUGGUGACUUCGAGCAUCAACGAGGCAGUUGUAUACGGAAUGACAAUGCGGACCUCAUGUACAACGUUUUGUGCGAGAAGAAAAAUCACUCAUGCCGCCUCAUCAGUAGAAAAUAUGGUAGCGCUAUGAUCGAAUAG